CGAUUCCAUUUUGUACUGCACAUGUGCAGACUUGAUUCAGGAAGACAGUAUCAAAAUAAACCUGUUGGCGUGGCAGUGAGGAAAAUGAAGCGGCGUUACACCUGGCCCAGUGGGGGAGACAAGAGGAGAAGGCAAGAGUGGGAAGAGGAGGAGAAAUGUAGGGUGCUGCCUUGGCUGUCCGUGUGUCUCCAGCAUCUGACCCACCUACUGUGCUCCCUCUGGACGAGGACGACAGAUAGUCGCUGGGAUGCCGAUGCUGUCACUAACACCCUUGUAUUUUAUAGUCAACCUGUGACAGCCUUUCUUUUUCUUUUUUUUUUUGGAGUACCGUUUGAAGAACUAUCUUUUUUUUUUUAAAUCAGCACAAAACAGAAACCACAGGAAAUGGACCAAGACCAACCUCUCCAAAGCCAGAUGCCAAUAGACAACUUGAGUGAAGCAGCAGACACAGUACCAUCUCAAAGUACUGCUCCACAUCCUUCAGAUCCAACAUGUGAGCCCACCACCGGACCGCCCAUCGCUACUGCCAGGCCCCGACGCCCCCAGAGAAGUGCCAGAGUUGAAGGUUCCGUCGACGUAUGCGAACCUAAAGCUGAACCCACACAAGGCGAUACGCAGGGCGAAUGUGAUCCUGAUGGCGCCGUGGCAAGUCGUGCAAAAGCUGCCCCCAGCCCACCUGUUAAGCUCUCAGGGGACCGGCCCGGCCUCCACAUCAAAGCCGGUCCAAAAGGUCCGGGACACCAUGCGGUCCGGGCUGCCUCGGUACCCCACACUACUUUAAGCAAGGCCGUGCCGCACCACCUGAACCCUCACGCCCAGAGAGCUCUGUCGGUCGCAGGCACGGCCGACACUCAGGCCCAAACUGUGGAAGACUUCAGGGUGCACAUCAUCACUUGGAAUGUGGGUUCGGCCACACCUCCCGAUGACAUCACCUCAUUACUGGGCUUGAAUAUAGGUGAUGGGAAUACAGACAUGUAUGUGAUUGGGCUGCAGGAAGUCAACUCUAUGAUAAACAAACGGCUGAAAGACGUCCUCUUCACGGACCAGUGGAGCGAGGUUUGCAUGGAAAGACUCAGCCCCUUUGGAUACGUGCUGGUGACCUCUCAGAGGAUGCAAGGCGUGUUGCUGCUGGUUUUUGCCAAGUACUACCAUCUGCCCUUCCUCCGUGGAGUCCAGACGGAGACCACCCGCACUGGCCUGGGGGGUUACUGGGGAAACAAAGGUGGAGUCAGCGCCCGCAUGUCAGUAUUCGGUCACACGAUCUGCUUCCUCAACUGCCACCUGCCGGCUCACAUGGAAAACUCGGAGCAGCGCAUGGAGGACUUUGAGAGCAUCCUGCAGCAGCAGCAGUUUGAGGGCCAGGCGGCCUCUGGUGUCCUUGACCACGAUGUGGUGUUCUGGCUUGGGGAUCUCAAUUUCCGCAUUGAUGACCUGGAAAUGCACAUGGUAAAAAUGGCUAUCGACAAUAACAAGCUCUCCGUGUUGUGGGAAAAAGAUCAGUUAAACCUGGCAAAGGACAGUGAGACGGUGUUGGAAGGUUUCCAAGAGGGCCCCCUCAAGUUCCCCCCCACUUACAAGUUUGAUGUUGGGACAAACGUAUAUGACACAAGUGGAAAGAAACGCAAACCAGCUUGGACCGACCGCAUCCUGUGGCGCCUGAGGGCCACUGUGCCUUCUGCCAACAGCGGCAAACGUGGUUCUGUUUCAGGGCUGACCAGCGGCACCAGAGUAACGCAGCACUGCUAUAGAAGUCACAUGGAAUACAUUGUCAGCGAUCACAAACCAGUCUCUUCCAUCUUUACCCUGCAGUUCCCUUACAAAGUGGAUGUUCCCUUGGUCACAAUCCUGGUGGAAGAUGAGUGGAAUAGUAUUGCUGAUGCCAUAGCCAAGUUCAAACUGGCACCCAGUUUUUCUCGCAGCUCCUGGGACUGGAUUGGAUUAUAUAAGGUGGGUUUCAAACACCACAAAGACUAUGUGGGAUACGUGUGGGCCAAACAGGAAGAAGCAGAUUUUCAUCGACAAGAACAUCAAGUAAGAUGGACGUGUGCUGUGAUCUCUUCUAAAGACAGCUUCCGCUCAUAUUUAAAAAAAAAAAAAAAAUCUCACAAAACUCUUUUGCAGGUAACCUUUACAGAAGAGGAACUGCCCAAAGGCUCUGGAGAUUUUAUCUUAGGUUACUAUAGCAACAACAUGAGCACCAUUGUGGGUGUAACGGAGCCAUUUCAGAUCCAGCUUCCCACAGCUUCCGGCAAUGACAGGAGCUCUUCAGACAGCUCCGACUUCAGCUCUGAGGACGACAGCACUGUUGUUCUCACAAAGUCGAGGUCCCGCAGUUCUAGUCCCCGCAAGGCCAAGCAUCACCGCCGUCGCAGCGGCAGCCACAGCCACAGCCGCAGCCGCCCUGAAAGUCCCUCACACGAUGAAUCGAAGGAGCGCUCUGACAAAGCUCCAUCAGAGAGUGAGCCUGCAAAAUUCCCAGGAGAGGGCAACCAACGACCUGCUUCUGAGGAGAACAAACAGAGAGAGGAGACCGGAGCGUGAUGAUUAUAGUAGAAAAUCAAAAAAUAUAUGUGGUUAAUUUCAUAAUAACCAUACUCAAAGUUCCUGUUCAUAAAACUGUGCCGUUUGCGACACAAUCUUUCUCAGUAACAAACAUCAAAUUCCUCAAAAGGGUUUGCUUUGCCUUGAGAUUUUAUUCCUAAAUAUUUCACUAUGUCCAGCAUUUCCUCAGUCUUGCUCCAUCAUUUUGUGUGGAAAAUACAACCAUGCAUGAUUGUAUUUUUUUAAAAGAAUAUUUUAAGGGCAUUUUCUCACCUUGUCGGGAAAUGAAUGCAUUCAGGUGCAGAUGCAUGAUGACCAUGCUGAGGAUGUGAUCUGGCUCAGGGUGCAUACAAUGUUUUUUUGUUUUUUUUACCUCUUGAACACCGCAUGCACACUGUCGCAUCAAGUAUUAGGAGAAAGCCCCAUUCAGCACACAUAUCCAUCUUGAAUGGCGGGUUGCAAUGAUGCAUUUUAAUUCAUUGGGAUUUUUUUCUGUUUCAUAGCAUAAAUCUCACCAAGCGGUCAUGACUGCCAGAUCACAUCUGCACUGAAUACAAAAAGCUAUCUUCCACUGUUCCCUUUGGAACUGCAAGACUACCGAACAUAUUGUCACUCUCUUAAAAAGAAUGGCCUAAGCCAUAUUUAAAUAAUAUAUACAACAAUACAAUUUUUUUGUGUAUGGUGUAUGUUUUCAGAAAAACUGAGGGGGAAAAAAAAGACUUGGGUCAUUAUUUUCGGAAUGUGACAAUGUUCUUUUUUUUAUUACAGUUUUUUUAUCUAUAGGAACAUGGUGACUUCGCAAUUCAUGACUCAGUGGGAGUAACAUCGCUAAUCUCAAAACUAAAUAAUUCCAUGAUGAGCUUUUAGCAGGCCUCUCCAACAAGCCAUGUCAGCAGCAUUGCACGUCAGUGCAAUGAACGUGUGUGUUAAGGGCCUUUAAAUAGACCCCCGAAAGAGUGCAGUGAAAGGUGGUGUCCUGUGGGAGGAUCACUGUCAGCUGACACAGCACAGCUGUUCUGCCAGACCUCAUUUUUAAUGGCUGCAGGGUAGCCCAUAUUCUCAAGCAAAUUAUGACAACAGACAAAAUCAGAUCCCCCUACGUUUAAACAAAUUAGCCAAAAAAAGAAAUGAUCAGUAAUUUCCUUGUUACCAUCAUCAAUUUCAAGCAGUCACUUGACUUCUGGAAAUGUGAGUAAGCGGUGACUCUCCAACGUGGAGCUUCUUCAGGGCUUUGCAUUUGCAUUGUGAACAAAACGGUCACACGUUGUAAUGAAAUCGGUCCAGUUUAAUUUCUAUCUUUAGUUUUAUCGCCAGUGACUGUGUUCUCCUUCACCGACCCCCAGUGUUUAAUCGCCUGUGCAGUACUUCUGUGACAUUGUUAGAGUGUGACCUCUGAUGACCUGUCUAACACAAUUUUGAACUCUUAGAGUAGCACAGUAUUGUGUAGCUGUUACCUCAGUGUGUAUGUUGUGUAAGAUUCAGUGUGGAUGCGUGCGUGUUUUUUUGAAUGGUGUUUGCUAGGACUGCGUUUGCAUGGUGUGGACAUUCUCUACAUUCCGCUACUGUGAUCUUUUGUGCCGUCAAGUGCUGUUUGAGACUUUUUGUCACUUGUGGAAGUUGUUAGAAAUUUAGAAAAUAUAUGACGAUUGGAAAUGUAUCGUCUGUGUAAGUGUGAGGUGAAGAAAACUACAAGGAUAAGUACGCCUGUCUAAAUCUGAAGUUCUUGAAUCAUUUCAAAAUGUAACAAUGUAUUUUAUUUUAGAAUAAAAAUUAGUAUAAUGGACCUUUAUUUUGAGUAAGGUGUAAAAAAAAUAAGAAUGUGAGAUGAAUUAGACAAAUAUUGUCUGUCAUGAUCAGUGACCUGUAAAAAAAUAUCUGUCUACAGAAUGUCAUUGUUUUCCUGUGUCUGAAAUAGAGUAACAUGUAUAAGAAAGACAAAAAUGAAGUAUGGUAUAAAAAAUAGACAAUCUAUGCCACAAAGUUUAUUUUCUUUAAAUUAUCUAUUUAUUUUCUUAUUUAGAUAUCUACUGUAGGUGUAACUAUUAAAUGAGCCUGAAUUCUGCUGGCCAGUGAGGGAACAUUAUUUCAGUGGGGUGUGGGGAAUCGUUGAUUUUUUUUUUUCCUUAAUGUUAUGAGCUUGAUUGCUCAAGUUCCUUGAAAAAAAAAUACAUUAUAUUAUAUACACUGUCCAAAAUGGCUGCGUUACUUUCAUCAAUAUGAAUACAAUCUGUCAUUUCAGUGAAGACUAUGAUAACAUGCUGUUCUGUAAUGAAACUGACCUGAUAGUGACUCAACUUAAAUAUGUCAAUAUUUGAUAGAAUGGGCCUUUUGUCUACAUAGAAAGGUUAUAACUGUUUGGAUUUCAAUUCUUGAUAAACGUGAGCAACAACUAA